AUACGGGGGUCGCCGCUAUUGUAUUUACGUCGUUCCUGCGGUAGACAGGUAGCGACAGGCUUGUAAAAUGCCGGAACCAGCUAAAUCCGCUCCUGCUCCGAAGAAGGGCUCUAAGAAAGCUGUCACCAAGACGCAGAAGAAGGGUGACAAGAAGCGUAGAAAGACUAGGAAGGAGAGCUACUCGAUCUACGUGUACAAGGUGCUGAAGCAGGUGCACCCCGACACGGGCAUCUCGUCCAAGGCCAUGGGCAUCAUGAACUCCUUCGUCAACGACAUCUUCGAGCGCAUCGCCGGCGAGGCCUCGCGCCUGGCGCACUACAACAAGCGCUCCACCAUCACCUCGCGGGAGAUCCAGACGGCCGUGCGGCUCCUGCUGCCCGGCGAGCUGGCCAAGCACGCCGUCUCCGAGGGCACCAAGGCCGUCACCAAGUACACCAGCUCCAAGUAAAUCUCUGGAAGAUCGUCUAACCCAAAGGCUCUUUUAAGAGCCACCCACAUUUUCAGUAAAAGAGUCGUUCAC